CGGGCUCUCAUUUUUCAAAGUUGGUAGGAAAGAACAUCUCUUCCUUGGCUUAAGUUUCACAACAGAAAGAGAGAGAAAAAACAGAACAUGCAGAAGUUGAAACAUGGUAUUUUGUUUAUGUCGCGUUCCACUUUUGACCCUCCAAACUUACUUAAUUUACCCGCUAACAACACCCAAAGUUCCAAAAACACUUGAGGGAGAGAGAAGUGUUGUUGUUCUUUUUCAUGGAGGUGACCUCUGAGGUGGAAGCUGUGAUACAGUUUCUAAGGAAGAAUGGAUUGAGAGAAGCCGAGAAAGCUCUUGAGGAAGAUAUGAUGGAGAAAAAUGAAGAAGAAGAAGUGGGAGCUUUUGAUUUCGAGAAAUUCUUGUUCCCCAUGCCGCCACCGGUAAAGAUUCCGGCGAGCAUCCGGAGAUCGGAGGUGGAUGAGAAAGUCAAGUCCAGUGAUGGGUCGGAUUCAGAUGGUGAUGAAUUUGUCAGCUUGAGGUCUUCUACUAGUGAUGUUUGCUCUUCAGACUUUGUGAAUCCAUAUGGACUUCAUUCUGCAUCUCAGGCUGAUUCCGAUACUUCAUCAGAUAGAUUAUCUCAAUUCGGAACAGCACGCGAGUAUCCUGAUUUUGACAUGCAGAAUGACUUGUAUUGGUAUGAUGAUAAAGAUGAAGGCUACUUCAAGACUCCAUGCUUUUCUGGGUCAGACUUCUAUGGCUGUCCAAGUGAGGAUAAGUUUGUCACAACUUCAGAGACAGAGAAGCAACAACAUAAUACACUGAGUUUACUUAACAAAUCUGAAGGAUUUCAAACAGAAGCAAGCAUUGAUUACUUGGACAAGCCAUGCCUUUAUAAUAUGGCCUGCAUAAAUGGGGAAACUGAGGUUCAAGCAAUGGAUUAUUAUCGUUUUGAUAAAUGGAAUGGGCUUGAAGGGGACAUUGAACCGGAGUUGAAGAACUGUGCUUAUGGUUGUUCACUUCCUCUUUGCAAAUGUUGUGGGGCACCAGGUCCUUAUGAUGAAAAUCCUGUGAACUUCAGCUACUUGAGCUCCAAAGAAACUGAUUUGGGUGAUCUUCAGUUAAAGGCUGCUGGAGACAUUGACACAGAUUAUAAUAGAGGUUCUGAACAUAAAUCUGACAAAAAUGUUUACUCUGCCAAAAGGGGUUCAAACGACUGGAUUGAUGGGUUUAAAGAUGCUUCCGACUUAGUGCACCAGAUUGCUGAGAAAGAUUUGUUUCCCAAUACAACUGAUAGUUAUGGAAUUGAAGAUGAUGAAGACAAUAGAGAACUCAGUGAACCUAAGGCUGCUGCAGAGGGAGAGGAUAACACUGGGGAUGAACUUCUGAUGUACUCUAAUGAGGAAGAAUAUGAAGUAUUCAAUUUGCGGAUCGUCCACAGGAAAAACAGGACUGGAUUUGAAGAAAACAAGGACCUGCCUAUUGUGCUAAAUACUGUAAUUGCUGGCAGAUAUUAUGUAACAGAAUACCUAGGUUCAGCUGCUUUUAGUAAGGUUGUUCAAGCACAUGAUCUUCUCACGGGAAUAGAUGUUUGCCUGAAGAUCAUUAAAAAUGAUAAAGAUUUUUUCGACCAGAGUUUGGAUGAAAUUAAACUUCUAAAGCUAGUUAACAAGCAUGACCCUGGAGAUGAGCACCACAUUUUGCGUCUCUAUGACUACUUUUAUCACCAGGAGCAUCUGUUCAUCGUCUGUGAGUUGCUUCGAGCAAACUUGUAUGAAUUUCAGAAAUUCAAUCAAGAAUCUGGCGGAGAAGCUUAUUUUAACCUCAGCAGGUUGCAGGUCAUAACUCGUCAGUGUUUGGAGGCCCUUGAUUACUUACAUGGCUUGGGAAUUAUUCACUGUGAUCUAAAGCCUGAGAAUAUUCUUAUCAAAAGUUAUAGAAGAUGUGAGAUAAAAAUUAUUGAUCUUGGAAGCAGUUGCUUUCAGACUGACAAUCUGUGCCUAUAUGUUCAAUCUCGUUCCUAUAGAGCCCCUGAAGUCAUCCUUGGCCUGCCAUAUGACAAGAAGAUUGACCUGUGGUCUCUCGGAUGUAUCCUUGCUGAGCUAUCCUCUGGGGAAGUGCUGUUUCCAAAUGAUGCAGUUGUAAUGAUCCUUGCCCGGAUGGUCGGAAUGCUAGGUCCUUUUGAUCUGGAGAUGUUGGAGAAUGGACAAGAGACAUACAAGUAUUUUACAAAAGAAUAUGAUCUGUACCACAUAAACGAGGAGACAAACCAAUUAGAAUACAUUAUUUCUGAGGAGUCUCCACUGGAGCAUCAUCUGCAAGUUUCUGAUGUUGGGUUUCUCGAUUUUGUUAGACAUUUGCUUCAGAUGAACCCUCAAAGGCGCCCAACUGCAAGGGAGGCAUUACAACACCCAUGGCUUUCCUACUCAUACUAAAGCAGAACUCCUGAAUCACUGGAGGAAUGACUUUUCCUAUGAGUAUUAGCAUUCAUCGAGCAGAAUGGAUUAUACGGGUGCAAGUCCGAGUAAAAUCUCCAAUUUCAAUUUUGGUUUAUGUAUAGCUGUACCACUGAUCAUACUUCAUAUUUAUUCACAUUUUUUUCUGUAAAAAACUCAUCCCCCCAGUUUUUUCCCCUCUACUUUGUUAGGAUUGUAAAACGCAAGCCCUUUGAUUUGAGUGACAAGAAAGAUACAAUAAAACCAUUUAGUGCAUUGAUUGGAA